GGCGCUUCCCUUCUUUCUCCCGGUUUUCUCCCCUCCUCCCCUCGCUUCCCCUCGCAUGGAAGGCGCUAUAAAUGCCGCGACCGCCUGAACGGGAAGCCACGGCGGGGCACCCCGGUUUGACUCGAAGAGCGCUCGCCGUCAUCGCACCGCUAACAUGUGGUUCCUCCUAGUGGCGAUGGGCAGCCUGAGAGCGGGGCUGGCGUCUCCCGCACCGUCUCCGGCGCCGAUCCCCUUAGGCGCGCAGUGCCUGGGCUCCGCCUGCUUCGGUUUAUUCGGCGUUUCCAAGAGUUUCGCGGAGGCGGGCGGCGUGUGCGAGGAAGGCGGCGGGCACCUCAUGACGGUCCGCUCCACGGUGGCGGCGGAAGCCAUAGCGCUGCUGGUGCUGCGCGACCGGCCCGGCAGCGCCUGGCUCGGCUUGCGCCUGCCCGGAAACCGCUGCGUGGAGCCGGCGAAACGCCUGCGGGGAUUUCAGUGGGUGACGGGCGACGAGAGGACGGACUUCCAAGCUUGGGAGAGCGACGGGUCCGGCGCAAAAGGGCCCACCUGCGGCCCCACCUGCGUGGCGGUGACUCGGGAACUGAAGUGGCAGGAGCGCGCCUGCAACGCCUCCGCCGAAGCCAUCCUGUGCGAGUACAACUACACCAACGGGACCUGCGGGCCCCUGCCGGCUACCUUCGCCAUCACUUACUUCACGCCCUUCGGCGCCCGAGAAAGUGAUCUGGUGGCCUCUCCGCCGGGCACUAGGGCGGAGGUGCACAGUUUGGGCACCGUUCUGGAGUGCCACCCUCAGGGCAGCAACGGGUCUUUGGACUGGGGCUCAACCGCGCCCGGCGCCUGGGCUUGCCAGUUGCAAAACGGGGGCUGCGACGAUCAGUGUUUUUUGGACGAGCAAGGGGGACCCUUCUGCGCCUGCCUGGAAGGCAAGACGUUGUUGGAGGACCAACGGAGCUGCUGGUCCCCCUGUGCCAGUUUAGGAUGCCAGCAGCAUUGUGUGCCUCAGGAUGACUCCGCCGUCUGCAUGUGCUAUGAGGGUUAUAAGCUGGAUUCCGACGGCAAGAGCUGCCUGGACAUCGAUGACUGUCAAGCCACCCCAGGGCUUUGUGAACAGGAGUGCAUUAACACUCGGGGCGCAUUUGAGUGCCGCUGCUGGAAAGGCUACGAUCUGGUGAAGGGCAAAUGCCUCCCAGAAAAAUGGGGGUGCUUUGAUUUAAGGUGUGAACACGACUGCAACCUUGUUGAUGGAGAGUAUAAAUGCACAUGUUUCGAGGGAUAUAUUCCAGACCCCAGAAAACCUGACAAGUGUCUCCAAGUCUGUAACCAGUCUGAAUGUGCUCCAGAGUGUGAACCUCACAAUCUAAACGAAUGCUAUUGUCCAGAAAACUUUAUCCUUGACGAGAAAAUGGAUGGUAGGAAAGUAUGCACAGACAUCGAUGAGUGUGAGUCUGGAUUCUGUGGUUCCUUGAAGUGCAUAAAUAUUCCUGGCGGUUACAACUGCAUCUGUCUCAAUGGACUUAUUAAAGAAGAGGGCAGCUUCUGUGAGCUACCAUCAGAACCAGAUGAGUUUUCAGGUGAAACUGAAACUCCUCCCAAAUCACCUGUUCCUCCUUCCUUUGCCCCACCAAAGGAUGGGAGCAGCCGAGGGACAUUGGUUGCGAUCAUUGUUAGCGUAACCUUUACGGUUGUGAUGUUGGUAGUUAUUAUCUGCUACCUGGUGAAGAAACGCUAUGCUGCGCAAAGCAUAUCAGACUGCAAAUCCCAGCAGUCUGAAAGUGGUGUGGCUCUUCAGCAAGUUAGUCCGACGUGUGACUCUUCCAGACAGAAAAUGUAGGAAAUGUUCAUUUUGGGAGGAGAAAAGAGACAAUAAUUUUAAAAACUGCCAGGAAAUGUUUAUGAAUUUGUGUGUGGAGGGGAGUCCCGUACAGAGGCUGUUUAAUCCAUAACUGCCUUCAUGAACUCUGAAGCAAUAUUUUCCUUUCAUUUCCUGAGAGUUAAUUGUCAUGCCUUGAGAGCAAUGUUAGUACUUGACACUGACUUAUAAUGUGAAUCCCACUUGUGCAGAGAAAUGGAGU